AUGUUGCCGCGAUUUAAAGUUUUUAGGGUACCACCAUCACAUGUUUUAUCGUUUGGAAUGAAGGAAAAUUUUUGGGAAAUGGGGGAUGUAGGGCCGUGUGGGCCAUGUUCUGAGAUACAUUAUGACCGUGUGGGAGAUAGAGAUGCUUCACAGCUAGUGAAUGCUGAUGAUCCUAUGGUUGUUGAAAUAUGGAAUCUUGUUUUCAUACAGUUCAACAGGGAAGAAGAUGGCUCGCUUAAACAACUACCUCGGAAACAUAUUGAUUGCGGCCUAGGUUUCGAGAGACUUGUUGCUGUUAUACAAAAUAAAAUCUCAAAUUAUGACACUGAUAUUUUCAUUCCUAUCUUUAACGCCAUAGAAAAGGGCUCGAAAGCACGCCCAUAUACUGGCAAAGUAGGUAUUGAUGAUGUUGAUGGAGUUGACAUGGCAUAUCGCGUAGUGGCUGAUCACAUCCGUACGCUCUCAAUUGCGUUAUCCGAUGGUGGGCGACCUGAUAACACUGGCCGUGGAUAUGUUCUACGGCGAAUACUUCGUCGUGGCAUACGUUACGCGAAUGAGAAAUUAUCAGCUGCUCCUGGUUUCUUUGCUUCCCUAGUGCCAACUAUUGUUGAAUUACUAGGCGGAACGUUCCCCGAACUCUGCAGAGAUCCGCAAGCUGUUAUGGACAUUAUUAAUGAUGAAGAAAAGCAAUUUUUGAAAACGCUGAACAGAGGACGGGUGCUGUUUCAACGAGCAGUAGAUAAUCUUCAGGAAUGCAAUGUUUUCCCCGGAGAUGUCGCAUGGCGCCUGUACGAUACUUAUGGAUUUCCUCUGGAUUUAACGCAGUUAAUGGCUGAAGAAAGAGGCUUAGUGGUUGAUAUCGCAGCGUUCGAAAAUUGCAAGCAGGAGGCUGUUGAACUUUCUUCUGCAAACGCCAAUAAAGUGCGUGAUACGAUUGAUUUAGACGUCAAUGCUCUAUCGGAGUUAAAGAGAAGAGGAUUGUUGAUAACAGAUGAGUCACCAAAAUAUAACUAUCAAGCCUUACCUUCAGAAAAUGAACAUACUAUGUACUGUUUCGAGAAAUGUGAAGGGAUAAUUCUUGCUUUGCGGAAGGAUAAAUCAUUUUUCGAUACUUUAUAUUCAGGAGAUUUCGGUGCCGUAAUCCUUGAUAAAACCAAUUUUUAUGCUGAACAAGGUGGACAGAUAUUUGAUACUGGUAUUUUAACAAAAGUGAACGAGGAAGGCGAAUUUAUUGUCACCAACGUUCAAAUGCGCGGUGGAUACACAGUGCUUGUCGGUGUUGUGGAAGGUAAAUUAUCUGUCGGGGAUACAGUCAUUCAAGUAAUUGAUGAGGAACGUCGUAAUCUUAUAAUGAAAAAUCACACCGGCACUCAUGUUCUGAACUUUUCAUUGAGGAAAGUUAUCAAAGAAGUUGAACAAAAGGGCUCAUUGGUUGCUCCUGAUAAACUUCGUUUUGAUUUUACAUCUAAGCAAGCUCUAACUUACGAGCAGAUAAAAGUAGUAGAAGAAGAAUCGCAGAAGCUGAUAGACACUAAUGCAAAUAUUUUUGCAAAAAAUGCACCUUUAGCGGAAGCGCGUCAAAUCAGAGGAUUAAGAGCAGUUUUCGAAGAGGCAUAUCCGGAUCCUGUAAGAAUAGUCAGUAUUGGUAUACCUGUUGAACAGCUUCUUGCAGAUAAGAAUAGUGAUAUGGCAUUUAACACAGCUGUUGAAUUUUGUGGUGGAACACAUUUGCACAAUGUUGGUCAUGUUGGUAAACUUGUUAUCAGUACAGAAGAAGCGAUUGCAAAAGGAAUUCGACGAAUUGUUGCGCUAACAGGGCCAGAAGCAUGCCGUGCGAUUAAUCGCGCUGAUCGUCUAGAACAAAGAAUAGAAGAAGCACACAACACGAUUAUAAAUGAUAAAAGUAUAACUGUAGAUAAGGCUCAGUUCAAAGCUGCAACUAAAAAAGUUCUUGAGCUGAUUGAAGAAAUCAAUCACUCUAUUUUACCCUACUGUCGCAAAGAAAACAUGCGGAAGAAAGCAAGGACCUUGCAGAAAUUGAUAGAUACUCUUGAUCGAGAGGCAAAGGCAGCAAUAGCUAAGAAGGUGCAAAAUGAGGUCAAGGAGUUAGAUGCUUCAUUAAAUGAAGAUACCUUAUUCACUGUCCAUAUUUUCACUAAAGGCGCUAACGGAAAAGUAUUAGAUGGUGCUCUAAAAUCGAUGAAAAGAACUAAUGCAGUGAUGGGAUUUUCUGUUAAUGAUGAUACUGUGUGUGCAAGUUUUCGUCUAAAAUCUAGGCUUUCUGAUGUUGCGGAUAAAGGACUGAAAGCAUCACAAUGGGUUUCCGAAAUAUGUGGUCUUCUUGAUGGUCGAGGAGGCGGUACAGCUACUCAAGCACAAGCCACUGGCAACAAUAUUGAUUUGGUAGAAAAAGCCGCAGAACUUGCAUCAGAUUUUGCUAAAGUCUCGCUCUAUUGA